AUGAAGGUGAAAAAGACAAGAAAGCAGAAGCGAAAAUUAUUGCUUACCGAUGAAGCGGAAAGCAGAAAACCGGAGAAAAUGAUAAGAAGUAGGAAGUCCAGUGAAGAGAACGAAUCUGUGGCUAAUUUUGUACCGGAUACUAUGCCUACUAGAGCUACUUAUCGUGAACAGUUGGAGGUUGGCAUCCGAAAUCGUGUAUUUGUCCUCGUACAGGGUCCAAUUGGUUGUGGUAAAACAUCGAUUAUAAAGGAAGUUGCACACAGUAUGAAAAUACCAUGUCGAACUAUACAAAUGGGUGAACAAAUCGAUUCGAAAACUUUGUUCGGAAUAUUUCAUUGCCUUGAUAUACCUGGUGAAUUUUGCUGGAAACAGAGCACCUUCACGAAGUACAUUCUUGAUAAGGGAAUCAUACUUUUGGAAGAUAUCGAUUGUGCUUCGGCUGAUCUAAUAGCACAAAUAAUCAACUUAUGUGAUAGUCGUGAAGUACGAGUAACUUCCGGUGAAACAAUAAGAAUGCAUAAUGAAGCUUAUAUUGUUGCUACAAUGAGAUGUAUAAGACAGGAAAGAAGUUUCCGAUCAGCUGAUGUUGAAUUGUUGCUUACUUCUGUACCUUUUGAAAUUUCGCUGCCACCAUUUUCAAAUAGUGAACUUCAUCGUGCUAUUUGUAUUUUAUGCAAAAGGGUUGCACCAAUUGCUCAAAAAUUGAUUACGUUAUUUGACGAAUUUAUCAACAACUCGGCUAAUCAAUUGAAUGGAAGAAAAUUAGGAGCGACGGAUUUAUUGAAAGCCUGCACACGUAUCAACGAUUUAAAUGAUUUGUCGGAUUCGAUAGCUGUUUUUCAUGAAUUGGUUGACUGUUGGGCAAUUCAUUGCCGCAGGCAGGAAGAUGUUGUUGCAUGUUCGGAAAUAAUUGCCAACAGUUUGUCCUUGAAUCACGAUCAACUAAUAUAUCAGUUAAACCUCCGGUUACCUGAAAUUUCGGUGACACAAACUAGCAUGAGAUGUGGCCGAGUAAAUCUGCCGAGAAAUCAAAUAACAGGAGAAAGCAAGGUUACUUGUUUUGGCAUUACACGUAACGUAUGUCAGUUACUGGAGCGGAUAGCAGUUUGUGUAAGUCGAAUGGAGCCAAUAUUGCUUGUUGGUGAAACUGGUGUUGGUAAAACAGCUAUUGUACAAUUACUAGCAGAUCGUAUUGGCACUACUCUUCGAGUUGUUAAUCUCAGUCAACAUUCAGAUUCGUCUGAUUUAAUUGGCGGGUAUAAACCAGUAUCAAUACCCUAUUUGUUAAGACCACUAAAAAAAGAAUUUGAUGAUUUAUUUGCUGCAACGUUUGAUUUGAUAAAAAAUGAAAAGUUUCUGAAUCACUUAGAGAUGUGUUUAUCAAAUGGACGAUACAGUGACUAUGCAAAAUUAAUUGCGGAAACAUCACGUCGUAGAUUAAAAAUGUCAUCCAAACAUAACUCUCUGAAAUCGUGGGCGAAGUUACUUGUUCGAGCAGAACGUUGUGCAGAAUCACUGAAAGCUUCAGCUGUUUCCUUUGCAUAUGUUCGUGGAGCAGUUGCUGAAGCUGCUGAACGAGGUGAGUGGCUUCUGGUUGAUGAAAUUAAUUUAGCUACACCGGAAUGUCUGGAUUCUGUGGUACGCCUUACUGAAGAUUCAGAAAGUCGACAUCCAGAUUUCCGUUUAUUUGCAUGCAUGAAUCCUGCCAGUGAUGUAGGGAAACGAAAUCUACCAGCUGGAAUAAGAAGUCGCUUCACUGAAAUUUUUGUACAUGAAACUACAGAAAUGGAUCAACUGCAUAUCAUCGCACAGGCUUAUCUUCCAUCAUUUGAUGCUGCCAAAAUAUCUAUUGUGCUGGAACUUUAUCAGACAUUGCGUAUAUCUUUUCCUGGAAAAUAUAGCUUACGUACUUUAUGUCGUGCGUUGGCAUUCACGGCAGAGAAUGUAUUUGGAAAUGAGAUACGUAACAUGUAUGAAGCAGUAUCUAUGUCCUUCAUGAGUGAUCUGAAUGCAGAAGCUCAAGCAGUGGUUGGCAAACUUAUUCAAAGUAAAAUGAAAAAAAUCUCAUUGGGUAAAAUGAACGCGAAAUUUAUUGAUAAUCGCAUUGAAGUUGAAGGAUAUUGGAUCGAAAAAGGAAGUGCUAAACCACAAGAUGAUUCCGGUUAUGUUUGUACAGCUUCAGUUCGAAAAAAUUUAGCCCAGCUUGCUCGAAUCGUUUGUAGUGGCAAAUUUCCGGUGUUGUUGGAAGGUGAAACAUCAUGUGGAAAAACAGCCAUGGUAAUCCAUCUUGCUAAAAUUACUGGGAAUACGAUUAUUCGGAUUAAUAAUCAUGAACACACCGAUCUUCAAGAAUACAUGGGAUCCUAUGUACCAGAUGGUGAUGGCCGUUUUGUAUUUAUGGAAGGUCCAUUAGUAAAAGCUGCUCGUGAUGGACAUUGGAUAAUUCUUGAUGAACUAAAUCUUGCACCAACCGAUAUCAUUGAAGCUUUCAAUAGGUUGCUAGAUGAUAAUCGUGAAUUGUAUAUUUCUGAAACGAACACAGUCGUAAAGGCUAAUCCCCGAUUUCGUGUAUUUGCAACGCAAAAUCCCGUUUGCACUUAUGCCGGUCGUAAACCUCUCUCACGUGCUUUGCUCAAUCGUUUUAUUGUUUUGCAAUUCGAUCAACUGCCAUACAAUGAACUAGCUCAAAUGAUCAUCGUUAGUUGUAAAAUCGCCCCAUCAGCUGCACAAGCAAUGGUUUCGGUAUUUUGUGACUUACGUGCUCAGCGUAGUGCGAUUGGCGUUUUUUCAGCCAGUGAUGGGUUGAUGACACUUCGUGAUUUAUUCAGAUGGGGACAACGACUUGCAGGUUCUAAUGACAAUGAUUGGCGUCAGUGUUUGGUUGAACAUGGGUUUAUGUUGCUUGGUGCACGAUGUCGUAAUGCAGUCGAUGUCGAAUGCGUGAAAAAAAUAUUGGAAAAAAAUUUGAAGCGUAAAAUAGAUGUUGAGCGAUUAUUUGCCACUGACUCGCACUACUUACCGCCUGAAUUUCGUUCAUGCACAGCUGUGAAUAAUAUUGUUUUAACCAGUACCAUUCGAAGGAUGCUUGUUUUGGUUUCACAAAGUUGGCACUUUGCUGAGCCAGUUCUAAUGAUUGGUGAAACAGGAUGUGGUAAAACAACGGUUGCUCAGAUGCUUGCAAAAGAGAAUCUGUUGGCUUUGAAUUGUCAUGAAAGAACGGAAGCUGCUGAUUUUCUGGGUUCAUUACGUCCGGUUGGUAAUGGUGCAUUCAAAUGGAUAUAUGGAGUAGUCGUACAGGCAAUGAAAGAAGGUCGACCACUUCUUAUAGAUGAAAUCUCGCUUGCUUCUGAUUCGGUUUUGGAGCGGCUGAAUCCCUUGCUGGAGCCAUCCCGUUCAUUGUUUUUGAAUGAUGGCAGUUUAUCGGGUGGGGAAGUACAAGCAAAAAGUGGUUUCAAUAUUAUAGCAACUAUGAAUCCCGGUGGAGAUUAUGGUAAAAAAGAGCUCUCAAAAGCACUGAGAAAUCGAUUCACAGAAAUUUGGUGUCCAUCAAAUGUAUUCGGUGAUGAUUUAACUGCUAUUGUGGAUCAACUGCUGAGUACAACUACACUGCUGGAUGAGAAUGAUUUGCGGUUAAAAGUUAACAAAUGUAUUGUAAAAUUCGUGCAGUGGUUUGAUCAUAAAUAUUCUCAUAUGCUAAGGAAUACGAUAACAAUUCGUGAUAUAGUAGCAGUUACUCAGCUUGUUAUUGCUGCAUUGUCACGAUCUAAUUCACCAUCUUUUUCAAUUUACCAUGCUUUUUCGGCAACUCUUUUUGAUGCUUUUGGUACUUUAUCGACUCGUAUCAGUUUGGAUUGCAAUGUCUUAAAGAAAAAGGCCAUUGAUGGACUCUGUCAAAUUAUUCAACAAGAAUUGGAUAGCGUCUGUGAUGUAGCAUCGCUUUCCUUACCGGCUACAUUGCAUUUCGAUGAAAAAGAUUCACAUAGUCUCAUUGUUGGAGAUUUUCGUAUUCCUUUUGGACCAGCCAAACGAUUUAUACCCAAAGAUUUUACAUUUGAUGCCCUGACAUGUAAGCAGAAUAUUUUCAGGCUUGUGCGUGGAUUAGCCGUUGAUAAACCAAUAUUGCUUGAAGGUCCUCCAGGUUGUGGUAAAUCAAGCACUGUUGUUGCUUUAGCUGCUGUUACUGGCCAUUCUUUGACUAGAUUGAAUUUGUCGGAACAAACGGACUUGGCAGAUCUCUUCGGUUGCGAUGUGCCCGUUAUUUUGUCUGAUGGUACACCAUCUUUCAUGUGGAGAGAUGGACCUAUUUUGCAUGCAAUCAAAACGGGACAAUGGGUUCUUCUAGAUGAGAUGAAUCUGGCAUCACAGAGUGUUUUGGAAGGUUUGAAUGCAUGUUUCGACCAUCGUCAUCAUCUUUUCAUACCAGAACUGAAUCGAACCUUCGAUAUUGGUGUUGGUGAUAGGAAAACGCGUUUUUUUGCAUGUCAAAAUCCAUGUUCUCAAGGAGGCAAUCGACGGAAGCUACCCAAAUCAUAUGUUAAUCGCUUCACAUCUAUUUAUGUAGCCGAAAUGGAUACAUCAGAUUUCUUUGAAGUUAUAAGAAGUUCAUUUGGAUCUGUAUUGAUUGAUGAUAUUAUCCAAAGUAUGGUUAAUGUGAACAAAUCAAUAACAAAUCUUAUGGCAGAAGAUCCAGAGUUUCUAAGGAAGGGAUCACCAUUUGAAUUUAAUUUGCGUGAUUUGUUGAGAUGGGCACAACUAACGGUUGAAAACAAUGGUGAUGUUGCAUAUGGUUUUGAUUUAUUGUACGUAUGGAGAUUACGUAGUAAUGCUGAUCGACAAAAAAUGCGAAGCUUAUUUUAUGAAUGUUUCAAAUUUGAAUGUACUGAAGCUGUAGCAUCACUUUCUUUGAUUGGUUCAUAUAUUCGCAUUGGAAAAGUGGAAUUCGAACGAUCGGGAGCAAUAUGCGGGCGACAAAAUACAAAAUUGUUGUCAUCGCAAAUGAAAUUGCUGAAUAAACUUGCUGUUUGCGUGAAAAUGAAUUGGCUUGCAUUAAUUGUCGGAAAAGCUGGUUCUGGCAAAUCAACAGCUAUAAGCAUUUUGGCAUCGUUACUGGGAAAGAAGCUUCAUACGAUACAUCUAACUUCAGAAUCUGAUUCACUCGAACUUCUCGGGUCGUUUGAACAGAUUACCGAUCAGAUCAAUUUCACUUCCAUAAAACAACAUUGUUUGAAUUUGCUUAAACGAUUUCCGGAUUUGCUGGAUGAUAUACAUAGUGCUAAUGAUAUACUUACUUUACGACUAGCUAUACAAACCGCUAUGCUUCUUGUCGAUGAUGAUAUUGCAAAUAAAUUGUUGGAUUACUACAAGGAAUUGGGUGAAAGUAAAAUGCGUUUUGAAUGGCUUAAUAGUCGUUUUGUUGAUGCAUUUAUCAAUGGUUACUGGAUUUUGAUUGAAAAUGUUAAUUGUUGCAGUGCCGCAGUAUUGGAUCGAUUAAAUGCCUGUUUAGAAAGUAAUGGGGAAUUGAAUUUACAAGAAUGUGGUGAUGGUACUUCUGUUGUAAAAGCACAUAAUGAUUUCCGAGUUUUCUUCACUAUGGAUGAUGAUUACGGCAGCGUUUCACGAGCUAUGCGUAAUCGUUCAGUAGAAUUAUAUUUACUUCCUGAUGAUGGUGUUUGGUUUAGAGUAGCACAAGAUCUAGUGAAUAUGGUGAUGAACACGGAAAAUCAAAAUAUUCUGCGAAUUACACCAGCAAUAAUGCAAGCUUAUGAGCAGCUUUCAUGCUGGGAGUUGUUGAAGUUAAAGAUACUUUUGAAGGAGAAAGACGCGGAUUUUGUAAAUGUAAUAAAGCAUUUCAAAAUAAUCAUGAAUGAAGAAGUCAUGGACACUGAUGAGAACAACGAAGAAACCUUCAUAGUUUACCCUGCAAUAGAUUCUAAUUUUGCUACCAUAUACAGCAAAUGGAAAAUUUUGGUUUGGUCCUAUGUAAGUCAACAUGAUUGGAUGCUUGGUGUUCUCUGGGCUACACUUUGCAUUCCGUUCAAACAGCUGGAAAUUGAGGAAAUGGUCGAACUAUUUAAGUGCACAGAUACGAAAGCAAGAGAUAAGGUUAUUGAAGCCAUUCAAAACCUGAAACAAAAUAAGGCACUGGAUUAUGACGAACGUUUUGAUGGUUCUCCAACAUUGCGCAUUACAAAACCUCCAGACAAAUAUGUAGACAAUGAUAGAUUUAUCGUCGGGAUGUGCGCUUUGUGGACAAAGUUUAAUCUGGAUAAGAUUUUGACUGAGAAAGGAUCUGCCGUUGACAUAAGCAAUCUUUUUAUUAAAAGAAAAAUCCGGAGUGACCAACUUCCUUCACCUGCAAUUUCACAUGUGAAAGAACUGCUUAAUGAAUUAAAUGUGUACAUUUCAAAGUUUUCUUCAACGGAUUAUGCGGUCUCGGAUUCAUGCUUAAUCUUGUGGAAUAUUACACUUUUCAUAAAAACAUGCCAUCAGCAAAUGGAUUUACGAAGUGGAUGUGCUCCACUUCAUCUUGCAUGGCAGCGUUUGAAUGAUCCUUCUUAUUCCAAUAUUUGGAAACAGUGGUCCACAGGUUUAUGUUCUGCUGCAACUACUAUCGAUAAAGUGUGGUUGACUGAUAAGAAAGCUUUGGAGCGUUACUCUAAUUUUCACAAACGAUGUAGCUUUUUUGAACCAUUUCGGAGUUAUGAGGAGUGGAGAAAGUAUGAAGACGAACUCAAAGAUUUGAAUACGUGCAGUAUUUCAAUGGAAAAUGAAAGCUGCUUGAUACAACAAAAUAUUGCUGAAAUGGAAAAACAUGAUGAUAAUAAGAGUAGUGUUUUAAGCAUAGCACUGAAAUUAAUGAAGAAUAUUUGCUGUGGUUUUGCUAUUUUGAAUAAUCACAAUGAAAAACAGACAUUGCUUGAGUUGUUAUCAAUAUCAGUGCAUCAUCCUGUUGAACUUUAUCGCUUGGCAUGGUUAAAUCUUAAAGAUGAAAAAUGGUCACAAGUUGCAUAUUUUAGCCAAUAUCUUAGCUCGGAUUUUGCUGUUCGAGAAAUUCCGAUUGCAUGUAAAAAUAGUGAUCUAGCUUGGGUCACUUUGGGUACGGAAUUGUUCUCGUCAAUAUGGCGUCCGAUGAGUUUUCAGUUAUCUUCACAGGAGAUUACGCUGGCACAGCUUGGUGAUUUUCCCAUCCAGCGAAAGCAUUUAUGUACUUAUUUAUGGAAGAUCGGAGCUCACUUAAAAUCUUUUAAACUGAAAUACAGGGAAAAGCUUCUAACUCUGAUAGAUCAUUUCGAAUCGUUGAUGGAUACGCCAUCUUUUAUUAAUUUAUCUUCCAACAUUACCUUGUCAAGUUUAAUGCAACGACUGGAAAUAGCUGCUUGUUCAUUGUUAUCACUAUCAGUUCCGGCAAAGAACUGCAUUGACCCAGUGAUAAAUGAUGAAAUGAGUUUCAAUUAUUUGAUGAAUAAGAAAAAAUUGCUUGAAAAUAUUAUUGGAGUUCUACAAUCCUAUCAGGGAAUAGUAAGUGGGCAGACAGAUUUGACAUUAUUUUCAAAUUCCAAGCAUCCGUUCAUCAGUAUUCUUUUAAAUGCGCAUAAUUUUGUGGUGAAGGAGUUGCAAAACUGUUCGCAAAAUACAGUUUCUUUUCGUCCUCGGCAUACAGAUUUCCCAUUACUGGCAAUAACAAUGAAUACUUUCUUGGAAGGAAUUGUCGAACAGCAUCGCACAUUUUCCCAUAUUGAUUUGGAUCAUUUAGACAAUUUAUCCGAUAAUGAUAUUCAAAUGACUGUAGCACAGAUUGAUAGCUUUCUGACGUCUGUUCAGUCUUUCUAUAAUAAAAUAUUUGCUGAAUAUAGUGCUUUUGUGGAUAUUAUCUGCCCGUUUUUCAUGUUUUUGAAUGUUUUGGUGGCAGCGGUUUCGUACAAGCGUUUUCAUUUGAUUCAAACAAUCAAUUCACGCGAUUUGAUUGCUGCCUACAACUUUCCAACCAAAUUCUCGUUUAAGUGGAAUUGCUUGAAUAAUUUACCAGAAAGUGGUGUUUUUUAUAAAUGGUGUAUCUCGCAGAAGACAAUAAUGCCAAAGAGACUACAGAAAGAAUUAGUAGCUCUUUCUCUGCAGAAAUACAGGAAAAACAGGCAGUGCUUCACCGAACCCAAAGAGAUUAUGAUCAAAGCAGUUGUUGAAUGGAUUAGAAACGAGUGGUCGAAUUGGUUUAAAGCUAAUACAGAAAAGCAAGAAAAAGCGUAUGUUUAUCGAAAAAGCGCAAAGUAUGGAGAAGAAGAACUUGAUGAGGAUGACAUAAAGCUUCGAGAACUGCUGCCAGAUUUCUCAACUUCCAACGAUGAGCAAGAUUUACUUGAAGAACCUCAACUUUUCACUUCAAGAUCUGAGACCUGCAUCGAUAGCGAAGGUUUAACAGAAAUACUUCAUUUAUUGGCGAAUGAGAAAUCUAUGCAUAACUACGAUGGUCACAUGGCUUUAGCGUGGAUGAUGGAUACAGCAUUGUCCUGUGGUCUUGUGGACGAUUUUGUAGAUUCAAAAAUUUUUGUUUACAAUUUGUACGCACUUAAUCAGUUGGAUCGUAAUCAAGAUAUGCGGGUUGUUGACGUUUACCGAAGGAAUAGCCGAUCAGAGUUGGAGAAAUGUAUUACAGCAAUGAAGCCGCUAAUUAAGCGUGUAUACUGGUUAAAAGAAAAAUGGCCUGAAAUGACAAUCUUGGAUGGUAUAUUGCAGCGAGCACAGAAGAUAUUGUCUACGUCGAUGGAAACUCCUCAAAUGCAAUUUUCGGCACUUCUGGAGCAUCUGCUGGCAGAAGCAGAUUUAUGGGAGAAAGUGGCUGAUCGAAAGCAUUCGCUAAUGAAUGAACUGGAAGAGUUGCGACAUUUGUUGGUGAAUUGGCGUAAGAUGGAAGUAUUGUGUUGGGAUAAUUUACUUGAACAAGUACAGACCGAUUGUCGUACACAGACACUGCUGUUGUCGUGGCCACUUUUCGAAGCACUUUAUAAAGUGGAUAAAGGCGACGAUGAAAUUUUAGCGAUGACAAUUGAAUGGAUACAAAAUUCGACAAUUAUUGACUUUAAAGCUCGGCUAUUGACUGCUGAUUUGCUUAUCAAGUUUAUCAUGCUGGCAAAAGAAAGUAUGAGGGGUAACUUAUGUCAGCGCCUGAGAUCAAUAGUUGAAAAUAAAUUAGCCACACAGAAGGAACCAACAGAAAAGCAGCUACAUGAUUUUGUAAAAAUCAUGAAAUACAAUGACUUAAAUUUAUGGAGCGUGAAGGCAUCAGCUCAAAAAGCUCACAAGCAAUUAUUUCGUCUCUUGAAACAGUUUAAGUUAUCCAGUAGUGAUUUAGUUGCUCCCCUUCUUGAUGAAAUUCCACAAAUGCUGUCAACAACAGAACAUCAGACUAAACCGACAUUUGCUACUGACCGAAUAAUAUCAUGUAAUGAUUUUUAUGCGAAACGUGCGGUUGACUUAACGUCAAAAAUUGCGAAACAUUUAAUGGAUGGUAUCCAUUUGGAAAAUAUUGAGGAAUUAACAGAAUUUGUUAAAUGCUGCAACGAUCUCAUUCGUAAAGACGUUCAGUACGAGGGUAGCGACAGUGAAAAGGAAAAGCAGCAAGGUCGUGCACUGAGUGAACGACAAAAGGCAGUUGCACGUUUAUUGAAGGAUAGUAUUGCACUUGGUCUAAGUACUCGAAAAGGCUUGAUGGUUAAUGCUGAACUGUUAACUGCUAAUGUUGUCGCUGGAAUGCCUGAAGACAAUAAAAUGUUGACAAAGUUUAUAAGGUACGGAGGAGCAUCACGAAAUGUUGUUUUGAAGAAUUUUCAUAAGCCAAAUGCCCAAAUCGGUACGAAGACGAUGAGCGAAUUAAAGGGACUCACGGAAUUUAUCCUGAAUGAACUGUACUUAUGUGAUCAGCUUAUAACAGUCAACAGAGAAAUGCUAAGGAGGAUGGAUAGUUCUAAAAAAAUGUUGUCGAAUUAUCUAGAAAAUGCUAAGGAUAUAAAACAACCUUGCUUACAUGGUCAGCAGUGGUUGCAUUGUCUACAACAGUCGAAAUAUUCAGCGCUUAAAUUUAAUUCGCUUUUGGAAUUUAUGGGAAAAAAACUUGAAAACGCUCCGGAAUGCAAUACUGACUUCGAAGAAAACACCGUUCUGAAACUCAGUGGUAUUCAAGAUACUCGAUUAUCGCAGUUGCAUAAGCAACAUCAAGAAUAUAAUGCAACAUUUGACGUAAUUAGAAAAAUACGAGAUGAAGCAUCAAGAAUACUUGAAACUAUUGAAUUAUCGCUUCUUCAUUCAUUGGAUUGUAGCAAUAUUGCUAUUUGGAAAAGUUCCGAUAUAUCGCACACCAUUAAUACAGUGAAAGCGGAAAGCACCGAUAUAAAUUCCCAACUGUCUCUCAUCUCAUGUGUAAUGGUUGAAGAGGUCGAAGAGGCAAAGGGAAUCUUGCGUGAAGUUUUAGAAGCAUUGACGAAUCCGACAAAUGUUCAGGCAACGACUGGAGAUGUACAGUGGGAGGGAAUUCAAGCUUUGUUGAUCAUAGUGCAAAAUACUUACAAGCAAGCAAUGUCAAUUGAUUUUGACAAUGACCGUUUUAUGGAUAUUCUGAGGCAGUUGACAAAUUUGCUACGAAAUUUGAAUUUUGAUAAGUCAACUGAAGAAAUAUGGAACUUGUGUGUACAAUUAUCUGAAGGUAAGCGAUCAAUGGAAUAUGAUCGUUUGGAGCAAGUAACUUCGAUAAGUAGUACGCUCUGUGAACUUUUGUCCUUCAUUUUGGAGGUAGUUGAGAAUUCUGCAAUUGAGUUGGCCAAAUAUUAUAUACACUUCGAAUCAAUGACUGCUGCACUACUUGAAAAAGGUUAUGUAAAUCCGAUACCGAAACCUCAAAAGGAGGGCAGUGAAAAGGAUGGAGGUGAACCGCAGUCAUAUGAUGAUGACAUUGCUGGUUUAGGAGAUGCUAAAGGUGAGAAGGAUGUUGGUGAUGAUAUCGAUGAAACAGGACAGGUUGAAGGCUUGAGAGGUGAGGAGGAAAAUGCGGUAGAACCAGUUGAAAAUAAAGACGAUGGUACGCCGCUUGACAUGGAUGACGAUUUUGGUGGAUGUUUAGAGGAUAUUGAUCGUGAACAGUGCGACGAUAAUGAAGGAAGUGAUAAAGAUGAAGACAAUGAACCUGAAGCGGAUAUGGAGGUGGGAGAUGUUAACGAAAGUGAGCAAGAUAAACUGGAUCCUGAUUUAUGGGAUCAAAAUGAUGAUAAUAAACAAGAACUUGCUGAUGGCAGCGAAGGCGCAAAUAAAAAAACAGACAAUAUGGAAGCGAAUAAUGAUGAACGGAAUUCUAAAAAUGACAAAAAAGAUAAAGAUAUAUUUGAUGAUGAUGAUGAUGAUAGUAAAGAUGACACUGCUGAUGACGAUUUGGAGAAUGUUGAUGAGCGUGACUUAUUGGAUAAUGGUGUGGAUAAUAAGGAUUACGAACAAACUAAUGAAGAUAAUGGAGAUCGUAAUGAUGAUAAUGAGAGUGAAAACAAGUCAGAGAACGAUAUGGAAGAUGUUAUGAAUGAUAAUUUAGAUGGAGAUGACGAUCAGUCAAAUAGUGAUGUUGAAGACGAGAUGAUAACAGAAAUGACUGAAAAGGAUAAGGAGGAAAUUCUGAAUGGAACAAAUGAUGCUAACGUGGAAGAGUUAAACAAGAAUGAUGAUGAAGUCCUCAAAGGUGGUUCUGGAGGAAUGGAUAGGGGAGAAGUGGAAGAUAUCACAGGCAGUGACAAUGUUUUAAAUCCGAACGACAUAAUUGAGGAUGAUGAGAAUAUGAGAGAGAAUGAUUUAAUGGCGGGGAUAGAAGGCAAGGGAAAAAGUGGUCGUGGAGAAACAGAAAACGACGAUAUAAGAAAUGAAAAAUCAGAAGAUAUGAAGGAAGAUGACAAGGAAUCCAAAAAAGAGAAGAAAUUAGCUGAUGAUAUUACUGAUGUAGUCGUACAAAAAACUCUUCCAAACGGUCAGCAAAAAGAUGAAGAAGGACCCGAAUUUGGACAUCUUGAUGGAAAUAAUAGCAGUUUGCGCGAACAGAUAGUCAUUGAUAAAAGUUCGGUAGAAGAAGCAAGAAAUUCAAAAGGAAAUAGAGACCAGUUAAGAGACUUGAAGAAUAUAAAUGUAGAACAGAAUGAUGAAGAAAUGACGAAAAAUAAUAGUGCCGGAGAUGAACAUGAAGUGGACGAGGGCGAUUUGAUCGAUACUGAUAUCUGGGAUUCCGAUUUCCAAAGCUCUAUUAUCCACUCGACAACAAAUUUUCAUCGUUCGAUGGGAUGUUCAAAUUCGACAAUUACUUUGCUAGAUACAGAGGAGAUAGGUUUGUCGAGCGCCGAUGCAGAAGAUCGAUGGAAUAGAAUUUCUGAUUCGGUUUCUGUUUUAGCAGCUGAGCUUUCGGAAAAUCUGCGAAUGAUUAUUGAACCAACAGUGGCUUCCAGAUUUGAAGGUGACUAUCGAACUGGUAAAAGACUCAAUAUGCGUCGUUUGAUUGCAUAUAUUGCUAGCGGCUAUAGAAAAGAUAAAAUUUGGUUACGUCGUACAAAGAAAGCUCAGCACAACUACCAAAUUUUAAUAGCUGUUGACGACUCAUCUUCUAUGCACGAUAACCAAAUUAAAUUGAAAGCUUGUCAAAGUGUUGCUAUGAUAGAAAGUGGAUUGCGAAGACUUGAAAUAGGACAGUUGGCAAUCUGUAAAUUUGGUGGUUCGGUGAAAAUGAUUUCCGACUUUGGAGAUCGUGGUGGCAGUAGCUUGGGUGGAAAAUUAAUAAACGAGCUAAACUUUGGUCAAAACCGAACCGACUUAGUCAAUUUAUUGAACUGUAGUAAAAAAUUUUUUGAGCAAGCCAGAGGACGCGAAAGAAACAACCAGAUGUUGAUCAUUGUUUCGGAUGGCAGGGGAGUAUUGGUGGAUGGCGCUGAGGCAGUGAAAAAAGCUGUAGCAGAAGUGCACGCUGACCGAGUUACAGUACUUUUUGUGGCAAUCGACAAUGGUGAAAAGUCAAUCGUGGAUAUGAAAGUAGCUGAAUUUACAGCUGAUGGAAAUGUGAAUCUCAUUCCAUAUCUGCAGAAAUUUCCGUUUCCGUUUUAUGUGGUUGUUGGACAUGUUGCCAUGUUACCAGCUACAAUUAGUGAUGCAGUCAGGCAGUGGUUUGAGCUUACUACGCGUGACUCGUGA